CAAUUACUUAAUUUUUGCUACUCCCAGUUGAAAUAGUUUAAGUACGUGUUUGUGCCACAUAAAGUAAGUUAUUAUACAUGUUAAUAUAAUCAAAAACUAAAGUGCAAAUUUAUAUUUAUUAAUCACAAAUCUUAAUCACAAAUUUCAGACUACUCGGCUAUGUAUUGCGGUUUGUUAAUAUUUUGUGCAUUUUAUAUUUUAAAAAUGACAUUUGGAGAUCAAUCAUCUUUAUAUCUAAACGAGAUUCGCAGUUUAAGUGAAUUGCCAAUGGAUAAACUAAUUCAUAUAAAAUCUUCCCUUGCAAAUAAUAAUGACAUUACUGAUGAAAAUGAAAAUGAAGAUAUCAACAUGUCCAGAACAUUUCCGUUGACGCUGCCAAUGGCGAUGCCAAUGGCAUUGAAGAGAAAUAACAAGAAGCCUAUAAAACGAUACGAAGAACAUUAUGAUGAAAAAGGCAAAGACUCGAAGAUUUCAAAAAUCUUUCAGCUAGCAGUAACUGCACUCUCUUUUCUCGCAUUCGGUGGUUAUCUCCUUACACUCAUAAUUACAGCGAUUCAGCGCAAUACGUCCAAUGGAAACGGAAAUGUCGUCGUAUUUUCGAAUCUGCAAAGCCUACAGAAACUAAACCGCCCCAAACGGAACAUUUUAAUAUUUGAUCCAAUGGAGAAUAACUUUGAAACGGACAAACUCUAUGAAGGAAUGAUUAUGCUUUCAAGAAGUUACGCCUUGUAUAAUUGAUCAAAAAUCAUGUACAUUAUUCUAUAAUAAUAUAUUAUUUAUUCAUGAUUAUAUGAUUAUAUCAAACAAUAAAAUAUAUAACCAAC